CGCACACAGUACAGUCGUCGUUUGCUUCGUUCGGUAGAAAAAUCGCUUCCUUUCGUAGUAGUGCCGUGUACUGUAGAGUGUAACAUAGUAAUUACGUUUGCUGGAGUAGUAUUAGAAAGGGGGAGUGUGUAAAAUUUCAUUGCGAAAAAACGUCCUCUAAUGCAAUCUUCAUUUAGGUUUAAUUUGUAUCUUUGUCGUCUUUAUCGCGAGCUAGUGCUUCCGUUUCAAAUAUGAAGAAAUAUGGUAAACGAUUAGUUUGCUACUAAAAGUUUAGAAUUUCUAUUUAUGGUGUCUUGAGAAUCUUAUGGUCAUUGUUUGAUGUGAGCUGUGUGGAAGAAAAAGUGCUGCACAGAAAAGUGACUCGUGAUUCAGCCAGAAGGAAAAGAUCGAAAUGGACGGUCUUUAGUGUACAGAAGAUAGAUAAAACUGGAAGCAGUUUCCAGUUUAUAGGCUGACCGGUGGUGUGGCGAUAUCGCGUUCUACGCGAAAAUAUUGCAAGUGGUCAACGCCCCAUCGGAGGUGUUUUUCUGAAGACAAAUCCUACUCCCACCACUAAGCAGCAACUCGGCGGUCGGUUCGGUGGUCACUCCAGUACCAGUGGAAUAAGUGUCAUGAACUCCCGAAUAAAGGAGGAUGUCAGCCGCCUGUUCGAGUACUGGUGUGAAAUCGCUCCCGGAACUGCGACGUCGCCGUCGGCGACAUCGCCAUCCCCUGCGAGUCCGGCCGCUGCAGGAGACAAGAGUCCGGGAUACAUUGUGCAAAGCUUUCCGGAAUCAUUCAAGGAUACCAAGGUGAUAGCUGAUAUUCCGGCGUUUGCAUUUCCGUGCUCCUUCGAGAGGCGGACCAUCCAGGUGCAUUCGUUCGUACUGACCAACAUCGACUCCAAGUGGCGAUUUGGAUUCUGCAGGCAUGAUCCGAAAUCGCCCACGGCGAUGGUCAUCGUCACCUAUCUGCCGUGGCAUGACACCUUCAUCCGCUUUCUGAACGUGCUGGCAGAGGUGCGAAAAAACUCUCAGAGUGAGUUCGAGUCAUUCCUGGCGGAAGCCUACAACAAGGGCGUGCCCGAGCCGGGCGGGUGCCUGAAGCUGCAGUAUGACCGACCGGUCCAAACGUUUAGCUUCCAGCGACCGCAGCAGUUUCUGCUUCCCAGUAUACCGGAAAAUCAUAAUCUAAACUUGUACUACAAUUUCGUGGAGCCGAAAUUCAUGAUCGGAGUGUUCGCCGCGAUGCUGGCAGAGCGGCGAAUAAUCUUUGUGUCCCGCCGGUUGGACAUCCUGUCGUCGUGCAUCCAGGCGGCGAACGCCUUCCUGUAUCCGAUGGUGUGGCAGCACAUCUUCAUCCCGGUGCUGCCGAUGAAGAUGAAGGACAUCCUCGGGGCGCCGAUGCCGUUUCUGAUUGGCGUACCGGAGGCCGUGUUUGACUCGUUGCGCCGCGAGGAGAUCGGUGACGUCGUCAUACUGAACUGUGAUAAACGAACGCUGGAAACACCGUUCGACGAUGUGAAAAAUAUGCCACCGGAACUGGUCGCCUCGCUCAAGAAACACCUGGCCAACUCGGCCGAGCAUCGGGGUGAUCGGGUGUCAAAGAUAUUUUUAGGUAUAUUAGUGCAAUUAAUUGGCGGGUACCGGGAUGCGGUAAAGUUCAACGAUAAGAUUACCUUCGAUCCGGAAACGUUUAUCGAUACCCGACCAUCGCAUCUGAGGCCAUUUCUAGCGAACAUGCUGCAGUUGCAGAUAUUUCAGCAGUUCAUUGAAGAGCGGCUGGAUAUGCUGAACACCGGACAGGGCUUUUCCGAUGAAUUUGAAGUGGAAUGUUUUCGAUACGCGGAAAAAUCCGGCCGGAAGGUUAAGCAAUACAAAGAUUUGCUGAAGAAUUUCAAGGAUAAGACCAACCCGGCCGUUCGAUCCGCUGUUAAAUCGGUGAAGGAAGGUGGUAAGGGAGUCAAAACAGCCUACAAAGGACUGCGAUCGAAAUUUCGCGAAACCACACCUCCCAAAUCGAAACUGGACAGUAGCAUGAACUCGCACGUAUCGCAGUACGAUAUCGGUCAUCAGUCUGCUCCCAAUUCACCCGUUUUCAACAAACGACCCCAGACAAUCGCCCUUCCGGACGAUUCCUAUCACAGUCACGCGCAAAUGUUGACCCCUUCCAGCACCUCUCUAUACAACUCACCGCACAUCAUGAUGAACAAUAGUGGCCAUAACAACUACAACACGAUCACCGGAUGCGGUACGGGCUCGAUGAUGAACAACAACUUCAGCAGCAGCAGUAGCAACAACAACCAUCACGGUCAUCACUACAACACCAGCAGCAGCAGCGACGUACGAAGUCCCUCGCUCAGCCUGAGUCCAACCAGCUCGAACUCCUCAUCGGAAAUGAAUCUGCUGCAGGAGUUGCAGCAUUUGGCGCUGUUCAAAUCGCCGGCGGUGAACCGAAAUUCUAACAACGAUGUGGCUGACGCUAACGCUCUUGUCACUACCGCUACUACAUCAUCCAUAUCCCCUGUGCCCAGAACGGGAGCCCUUCCCAUCAAGCCCCCGUCUCCGUUCGGCAACACAGAACCAGACCAGACAUCCACCACAGACCUGAUCAACCUGGACACCACAAAUUCAAGCUUUGAGCUAGAAGAUUUCGAUCCGCUAAACGAUAACGCUAAGCCAAUGCCGGCAGCCGGCGCAGCAGUACUAAAUUCCCGUGGACUAACCGCACCCGUUACGGUUACGGCUUUCGGCCGUUCCCCACCGAUCCCGGCCCCGGCCCCGGCUGGCGGUCUCGGUUUCGAUAAUCCCAUUUAUCCUUACUUUACACCAACGCAUCUUCACGGUACCACCAAAUCGGCAACGUCGUCACCGUUAUCCUCAUCGUUCAAUGUCAACACCCUAGCGCCGCAAAACUAUCACCACGCACACCAUCAGCACUCACUAUCGCAGGGAAAUUUCACCACCACGGCACGGACUGGUCCUGCUGGUAGCGGUUCCACUAAGCUCAUCACCAAUAAUAGCGCACAAGACGAUUUCGAACUGCUACGAAACUACGGUCUAGAUAGGUUCGGCUCGCUCCUAGAUAGCGCUAGUAACGGCAAAGAGAAACCACAACGGAAACAACAACAUCACAUGGCAAGUCUUCUCAGCAACUCGGCAGUUCAUCAUCAACAACAGGGAAACGUAAACACUAACGGUAGUAGUCAUCAUAGUAGUAUUAGUAGUAGCAACAAUAGCAGUAAUAGUGGAUUCAAUAAGUUAGGCACUGUAAACAACUUCGUUAAUGGUCGCGCCAGCAAUACCAGCAGUAGUAGCGCUAGCACCGGCGGCAGCGGCGCCGGCGGCAGUACCAGAGCGUUCAACAAUUGGACCACCUUUGACUGAUUGGUUUCGCCCAGCUCUAAGGGAUAGUAUUUUCUUCAGCGUUUAGUUUGUCGUGCUAAAGGUCAACAACUGCAGUGUUCUUUUUUGUUAUGACGGUUAUUUGUUUUCUUUUGUUUGUUUUUUUUUCCUAUGGUGUGAUUUUUCUCCAUUUCCCAAGUAUGCUAAACGAAAACAGGUUAAGUUGUUAAAUAAUUUAUCUAGAAUGUAGACGGUUAGUAAUUUAUAUCGGAUUGGAACAAUACAUAGUACUGUAUGUAGGAACAGAGGAAAAAUUGUACAGCAUCUGCCGGGAUAAUCACCUUCGCUGGCAGAAGAAGGCUAUUAUACAUUUUUUUCUUUUUGAAUAAAUGACUACCAAACUAAACGUUUAGUUUUAAGCAGAAAUACAGAAAUAAAAAUGCUUGUCACGUGUUCUAAUCAUACAGUAAAUAGUGAUCGGAAUGAACCGUAGAAAGAUUUUAACGGAUAUUAGCAGAGCGCAAAUAACGGUUCGUGUUUGUUUAGAGAAGCAAUGUUGAGAACAGACGAAUAGAAACUAAAAGAUAACAGAUACAUAUUUAUGAAGUUAGCAAAAAAAAAGAAGGUAAAAAGGCAAAUUUUUAAAAGAAAUUGAAACUUAUAUAUAGACAUUAUUGGACUCUAGUGUUGAUAACGUUGUUGAGUAACUUUUUAAAAGCAGAUAUUAAGAGAGAAGAAAGGAAAAAAAAAAGAAUCGAAAGCAUAUUGUGAAUGAGCAAACUCGGUAUACAUGACACAUCUUAAUCGGUUAAAUAGAGGUGCCACUCUAUUUCAGUUUCGAUCUUCGGUUCAAAUUAAGUAUCGAAUGUGAACGGCUUGUAGUGGUUCGAUCGGUAUAGCAGAAAUAUCGCAUAAUUGUGCCAUUGUAAAAGGAUUUUCCAUCCUGAUAAACCUUAUAUCUCCCCGUUCAUCGCUAGCCUCGAAGAAAACAACAACGUCUUGGACAUUCUCUUCUCGCUGAUCGUCAGCCACGAAAAUAUACCAAAAGCAAAGCCUUAGAUAUAACCAUCUUUAGACAUUUCCCUUUUUUCUCGACAGACUUCGCAGCCAGUUAUUAGAGUACAGGACAAUUACAGGGCUAGUGCAACGAUAAUACUGACGGCCGGCUUCGAUUGGCCCUUCCGCAUAAAUAUAUCUAUUUUGGCCAAGUUCUGCUUCACCAUUUAGCCGACUGCUCCGACCUCCCGACCCAAGGCGCAGAGCGAUGAGGCCAUGUUGCUCUCGGUCUUCCUCUUCUGUUUUUGAUGCAUUUUUCGGUCGCACAGCACUGUCGAGCGGUCGAAACCAGGCUUCUGUUCUACACUUUCGCCUCUCUCCGCAAGAAAGAAAAUCUUGUGAAUACCGGAUCGGCUACAUCACGUUUUCCAACUUCUUCGCUCCGGGGUGGAACUGGCAGUAUGAACAAAGCAUUGAGCGUAGUUGCUUGACUGUUAUGUUAUGCACAUUUAUGCUGAUUCUAGUUUUGGCUGCUCUUUUGCAAGGCAUUCUGACUACGUAUCCAGUCAGAUGCAACCUAAAUUAACGUUCACUUAGUUACUAAUGAGGUACUAGCAUUGUAGCACCGUAACUACAAAAGAUACAGCAAAACUUCAUUUAGCAAAAUUGUAGAUAAUAACUAGUUCUACAAAUGUUUCUUACAUAACUUUGUCAAAUUUUGCUCGGCUGAGACGGUACUGUCAAAUGAAUAUUCGUCGAGUCGAAGUGAUCGAACCAUCCCUGCCCGAAUGAAAUUUACACUGACUUAAAGGCAGCAUUUGAUCGUAUCGACCACGGAAUUCUGCUGCCUAAGCUCUCUAUCUCUGGUAUCUCUGCUGGUUUAAGCUUGAUUUCUAUUUGUAAGACCACAGCAUAUCAGUUAAAUUGGAUGUGUCUCUACCAUGGUUUUACAACUAACAUGGCUGACAUGCGUAACUAAAAUUGUAAAAUUCUUUUGGGUAAACCAUAAAUGUUUAAUGGUUGCUUGGCUUUUCAGUUUCUGUCGUGGACGGAUCUGCUACUGUUGUUCACUGAGACGAAAUUAGCAAGGUCUCACCCGAUCCAAAAUUUCUUCCCAGCAACACAAUAGCGAGUGCAAAGUUUACGGCAAGGCAGACACCCCUAUUCUGUAUUUCGAACGAAUCUUUAUUUCAUUCGACUUGUUUCGAACGAAAUGUUUUGCCCAUUCGCUGGCGGAAAUUUCGUUCGAAAUACCAAUUCGUUCGAAAUACAGAAUAGCGGUGAGAAUGUCGCUGUGUGCGUCUCUAUUCUUGACAGCGUAACACAGAAUGCCAAAAACUUUUGUUGCAAGUUUCAAUCACACACUUUGUGAAUUAAACGGCAAAUAAAACGAAUGAAGUUCGAAUGCUCCAAAAGGUUAUAUUUAUUUUAACGUUUAUGAUUGUUUUUCUAAGGCCUGGUAAUAUAUACAACUUUAUUUUAUGUAAAAUCUUAAAAACCAACUAAAUGAUGAAAUUAAACAAGCCUUUUGCAGCUAUGCUAACAGUUUUCAAGAAGUUGUCAUUUCAAACUAGAUUUUGCUUUUUUUGUUUGUUCAAAAAGUGCUUCUAAAUUUGUGAAGCUGAAGCUUACUAGUAAAAAAAUUGCCUAUAUGGUGAGAAUUCUGCCACCGAAUCAUUACAAACGGUACUCAUUUGAACGUUACCAUUUACAUACAGGAAACGAUACUGUUGUUUCUGAUUCAUCGUCGGAGGAUCAAUUUUCUAUAUAUGACAAGUUUUGUACUCUCGUAUAACGAAACAAUAAAACACAUGUACGCUAUAUCUAAUACACAAUCUAUUAAAGUAAAUCAAUAAUUUUGAUACUUCGAUUUCUCUAGUUAGUCUGAAACAAAAAUAAAAUUGCCAUAUUAACAUUUCAUUCAUCAAGCAGCAAAUAAAAUUUGUAAUAUUACCAUGUAAAAAUCAGCAAACGCAAGCAGCAACCAAUACAUAUUAAAUUUUGCAUUUGGAUAAGUAUCGUUCUCAUUAUGAAGUAAAAAGAAAAGUAAAUCAUAAACAAACCUCACACGAAAAUAUUAGAUUCAAUAUUAUUACGUAUUUUAAAAGACUUAAAACCUCCUACUAAGGCAAACCGUUUUUGUGACACUUAUCAUUAGAUUUUAAAUUGCAAUAUAAAUUCCGUAGCAAUACAAAAGACUUGCAGUUAAUAGACAUGAUUUAAACGGAGGAACCAAACGGCUCGUGUUUUAAAUUAGAUUUUUUCCAAGCCCUAAGCCCGCCACAAAUUACCACCUUGUCUUGCUCGUCCAGUUCCUUUUCACUUUUUUCUUCCAACCCUCACCUCUUUCUCUCUCUGAAUGACAUCAGUUUUAGCAAGUAAAACACUAUAUUUAUAGCGAAACAAAAUCAUAAAUUGAUAGAAACGAAACCAAACAGAUAUCCAUAUAAAAAAAACGAUUGCCAAGUUGAAAGACAUGUUUUUAAAACUUAUCAGAAGGUAAAGCUCUGUAGCUGAGAGUAGGUAAUAUUUAAUAGGAAACAAAAAAAAACUCAAAAUCGUGAGGAUUUUAAAUGCAGAAAAGAUAUAACUUAUUAAACGGUAUAGUCUCGUGUAUGUUUGUCAAACAAGCAAACGGUAGUAAAAGUAAGGAAAAUGUUCGAAUGCUCAAGCAAAAAAAAGUUGUCCUCACUACUAUCCCUGCACAACUGAAAGUCUCUAUCCAUGAUCCAUGGCCCGCGCACGGUUUUCUUUGCCUCCCAUCCGGUAGAUAGCAUUCCAAAAUUUGUUCCGAGCUUAGCUUAUCCUAUAUUCAAACAGAUCCUUAUGGUUUUAAAAUGUAAAAAAGUGUUUAUACUGCAUAUAGUACCUAGUUAACGGUUUGAGAAUGCUAUAUCAUCGCUAUGAAUAAAACCUGUAUUUUGCAAAGCAUUAAAAACAGUUACAAAAUUUAUUUAUUCAAACACCAAACAAAAUAUGCUCUCAAUCAACAGCAUCGAAAUUCUUUCAUGCGUGAAACAUGCAAAAUAUGAUAGACGAUAAACACAAAAAAACAAGUUGAAAAAUAUAAACAACCAAAUUUUCAUCUCUAAACAUCACACACACGCACGAAGUACGAUAUGCUUACUGAAGAAGAAAAACAAAAAGAAAAUAACAGCAGCAAAAUCAAUCCUAUUUAUUGAAUGUUUUGAUCGAGAAGAAAAAACCAAACUGUCGCUGAAUGUAAGGCUACAUGCAUAGUGGAAGUCUAAAAUGCCGACUUCCUGGAAGUUUCACAACCAUGUGCUCGUAGAACAACAACAACAACAACAACACAAUGAACCCAGAAGAAAUAAUGUUGAAAUCAAGCGGAAUAA